AUGGUGAAUUCAAAACUUAAUUUCCGUGUGGAAAUCAAGAAGCUUGCGUCGGAACGUAAGAAGCGUCGCGAGAGAAACGAACGGGGUUUGAGGAGGGAAUACCGCGCGGCGGACGUAACCGAGUGUGGAUGUCCUUGUAUAGGAUAUGUGGAUGAUAUUAGCAGGGGAAGACCUGAGAAAGCGGUCGAAAGACUGAGGGAAUAUGCCGAGAUAAGAAAUAGGAUAAUGUUAAUGUUAGAGGAUGCGAUGGUUGAAGUGAGAGAGGUUAUCAGAAAAGAGGUGAAACCGAAACCGAUAACGGUAAAACAGCUAAAAUUAAUAUUUAGAAAAGUUCAGAUUUUUUACGUUCAUAAUCCGAAAAGAUCGUACCUUCUUCAAAUGUACAGGGAAAAAGUAGCGGAACCACCGCGACCUGUUUCGGAGAUCGAAGUGAUGUCGGCAAAAGAAAUGAAGAGAGAAUUAAGUCGGUUGGGGUUAAAUUUUUUAACAGUUAUGAGUAAGACGGUUUUGAAAAAAAUUCUCGUAGAUAAUGCGAUACAGAACAAAGAUUUGAAACCGAAACCGUUCGAAUGGGAUCAUCGUAUCGGUCGACAUUGGUUUGCAAUGAGUCAAUGGUAUUUUACCCGAAAACUGACGACGGAACCAUUUACAAUAUGGGCAGACGUAAAAAGGGAGGAUGGAGGGAUUUCCUGCAAGUAUAAUAUGUGAAAAAAUUUUCCAUCAACACCUUAUGUAAAUAUAAAACAACACAAAAAGACCACCUCCGAUCAGCGCGGAAUUUCCUCGGAUUGACUGACUCAUUUCUUUUUUUUUUUCUCCCAUACUCAUUCGGAGUAUGGGAAAUUUUUUUUCAACACCUUAUAGGAAUAGGUAUGUAUAAUAAAUAAGAAAAUGUCAACAUCGACCAAUCCGAAACCUAAGUUCCGUAGCGAGAUUAAGAAACUCGCAUCGGAGCGUAAGAAGCGUCGCGAGUUUAAUAUUCGAAAUACGAAAAGAAGAUUGGCGGAAGAGGUGUCUUGGGAGAAGAGUAUUGCGAGAGAAGAGACUCGUCGUAAAAAUAGUAUUGCGAGAGAAGAGACUUGUCGUAAAAAUAGUAUUGCGAGAGAAGAGGUAAGACGUCGCGGUGUGGUGAGGAGAGAAAAAGCUGCGGAAAAAAGACGUGUGUUGGAAGAAAAAAGACGUGUUCGCAAGGAAAAGACAGAUCGGAGAGAUUUGAACGAGACGGUUCGUCAACGAGACCAAAGACUUCGUCGGAAUGAGUUGGCAAGAAUAAGACGUGCGAAAAAGAAGGAAUUAACGGCCAGACUUUUAGAUCUGAACCGGUUCUUCAGGAAACUGCAUUGCGUGGAAUGGUCUCUCGUUACAUAA